AUGGUGGAUAGGCAGGGCGCACUAUACACCAUGUCGGAGGAAAAAGCCCAGCUCCAUUGGCGGCGAUCCCAAGCCGCCCGCUUCCUCCUCCGCUGGCCCUCCCUCCACCUCUGCCACGUCAUCAACCGCGAGCGCCACGUAAGCGUGGGUCUCCACGUGGCUGCCAGCCUGGCACCCGCCGUUGCCAGCCAAGCGUCUCUCCUCCACUCCCUCUCGUCUGGUACUGUUCCCGGCACCACCGCAGCUACCAAUACGACGUUUGCAGUCCGGUAUUCCAAGAAUCUGCCGAAUACAACAGAGGAGGCAGCUGUGUUGACUAAGGCUGGGAAGGCUAGUGCACAAGCGCAUGUGCUCUCGUCCCGUAUUGCUUCUUCCUUUGCUGCUGCUUCUGCUUCUUCCCCGUCCUCUUCCUCCUCCCCCUCCCCUACCAUUUCCUCUCUCCUCCACUCUCCCAACUCCUCCCUACUAGAAACCCACGUAUGGGUGGGGAGGGAUGGGCCGAGGCGAGUGAGUGUGCAUGCUGGGGGAAGAGUGAGGAGCGAAGGAAAGGGAGGGAGUGAGGGAGCGAGUGAGGGAGAGAGUGAGGGAGGUGGCAGCAGCACCAGCACCAUGGGAAGGUUGUGUGGUGCUACAAUGAUGGCUAACACAACAACAGUGGAUGAGCUUAUAGCGACUAUAGGGCAGGGCGAUCUGUUGACUCUAGACCCGGUGACUAUAGCGCUGGGCGGGGAACCCUACCUGCCUCGUCCAAUAGCAGCUGUACACGUCAGCAGGGGGGAUGAGGCAAGGACUGAAGGGGCAGGAGAAAAGGCAGGAGAAACGGCAGGAGAAACAGCAGGACAGUGGGGAGAUCAACGGACAGCAGAAGUAUCGCAAGCACUGCAGCGGCUGCAGUGGCUGAAUCCCAACCUCAGGAGAGUGUGUCUAUCUGGAGAUGCACGUGAAACGCCCAUCCAGCAGCAUCUGGAGGAGCGUGGUUGGGCCCUCCUACACUCCACUCUCGCCCGCAACCCACCUGCUCUGCUGCCUGCUGCUGCUGCUGCUGCAGCCGAUGCAGCAGGAGCGGGAGCAAAAGCAGGAGGAGGAGGGGAAAGAGAUGGAUUGGGAGGUUUGGCCUCAGCAGCAGCAGGAGCAGAUGCGUUGCCGGAAGCAGCAGUUGUGUUUGCUGACCUGCUGACAUCAUCCCUUGCCGAUUUCCUCAUUGCUGACAUCAGCACAGAAUCAGGCAACUUGAUUCACGAGCUUAGAUGCACCAACGGGCGCCUCUUCUCCCCCGUGUGCGAUUUGACUCUCUGA